CCACGCUCCCGUGCACUUCGCACCUGAGACCGACCCCGUCACCGCGGACCGUCGUCACCGAGGACCAUCGUCACCAUCCAUCGUUUCACAAGAACGUCAGAGAAGCCUUGGCAUCCAGUCGUGUGGAGCCGGGGAUCCUCGAGCGCAGUGCAACGGCAACAGUGACGCAACAGCAGCGAGGCUCAUUCACGAAAGGGAUGCUCCCCCGUCCACAUCCCUGAAGCAGCCCUUCCUCCCUUGGCCCUUCCUCCCGUGGUCCUUCCUCCAUCGAGACUCGAUCUCCUCGCGGAAUGGACAGGAAGGUCGUCGCCGUCUUCGCCGGGCUCCUCGCCCUCCUCUUCGCUGCCUUCGCGGCCGUCUUCGUCCUUUAUCUUCAGGAGCGUCUCAACGAUGAGACCCCCACCGCCCACCGCACCUCCGACUGCUCCCGCCCCAGCUGCAUCCACGCCGCCCACCGCAUCCUCAGCACCCUCGACCCCACCGUCGACCCCUGCACCGACUUCUUCCUCUUCGCCUGCGGCGGCUGGCUCCGGGAACAUCCCCUCCCGCCCGACCGGCUCUUCUUCUCCAGGCAUCUCGACGGCGUUCGCGAGGACGUCGAUCAGGAGCUGCUCGAUCUGCUGAAGCCCGAGAGCCGGGUGAGAGGGGAUUUCCCGCCCUUCCAAAAAUUGAGGGAAUUCCACCAAAUGUGCCUGUCGGCUGGGGACAUCAAACACGACGAGCAAAUCGCUCAUACACUGUUACGGAUCCUGAACGAAGCCGGGGGCUUCAGAGGACCCGAGGGCUGGGACGACUCCGGCUUCGACCUGACCCAGCACCUGGGUGGACUCCUCAAGAGGCACUCGGGGUCGUUCCUGGAUGUCACAGUGGAUGUGGAUAUCAGGAAUGCGACGAGGUUUGCGUUGCAUGUCGUCCCGCCGAAUCAAAAGGCGGUCAUCUCGUCGCAUUCGAGGGCGGAGACGCAGGAGGUCAUUGAGAAUCAGCAGACGAAUCCGGACGUCCAGGCCCUGUUCCGCCUGGCCCUCGACGACGCGACCGGCCACGAAGAGCAAGGUCAAGGACCCAAAAAGGUCAAAAAGAGACCUCGGUCCCUCAACUCCACCGUUCUCCACAACUUUUUGCAGGAGUCCGUGACGGCGAUGCAGGCCUCGGAGGUCCUGGAAGUACUGGAAAUACUGGGCCUGUACGUCCCCUCCGAGGGACCCGCCCCGCUCGAGCCCCGUCCCCCCUUCCCCCGGCCGGGCCCGGGCCCCGGAAAAACGAACCUGAGCUCCCUCCUGGCCUCGGCCCGAGACGAUUUCCACCGGGCGCUGGUGCUUCUCAACGCGGUCAAGCAGGCGUCGCCGUCGGAGAAGGAGCAGAAGAUGGGAGCCCGAGAGCUGGAGACAUUCCAGCACAUCCUCACCGUGUCCCAGCUGAGCCACCGGCAUCCCUUCAUAGAUUGGAAGCGCCUCCUGGCGAUGCUCCUGGGGAGGGAGGCGGAUCCCGGCGAGGAGGUCUUCGUCGUCGCUCCGGAUUACUUGGACAAGUUGGCCGACAUCCUCGACCAGGCCGACAAUCGCACGAUCCACAACGCCCUGACGAUGGGCUUCCUCCGCGACACCCUGAUGGAGCUGGUGGCAUUCCCGCCCCACGGAGACAAGGACCGGUUCUGCCUCGAGGCCACGAAGAUGACCCUGUCCGUGCCGCUGGCCAGCCUCUUCCUCUACGCGCAGAAGGCGGGGGACCUCCGCGAGAUCCGUCGCAAGGUGAAGGAACUGUGGGACUCGGUGAAAUCCACGUACAUGGACGCCCUCGGCUCGAACCCCUCGCUGGACGCGGACGUGAAGGACUUCCACCUCUCCCGCGUCCAGGGGAUCGCCGAGUUCUUCGUCACGGCCGACUUCUUCUUCGAGGACCCGGUCAUCGCCGCCUUCGCCGACUCGUUCUCCAUGAACCGGACCAACUUCCUGGAGUCCGUCUCCGAGAGCUACCGGGAUCAACGCCGGGAAUACUACGCCCUCCUGAACAACACGCCGAACGCCAUUCAGACCGCGUGGGCCUUCCGCACUCCGCCGUACGUCGUGAACGCCUUCUACGGGUUGGAUUUCAACAACAUCGUGCUUCCGUUCGCCUUCCUGAAGAAGCCGAAUUUCUUCACGGACGCCCCGCACUACAUGCUCUUUGGGAGCAUGGGUCACACCCUGGCCCACGAGGUCACUCACAUGUUCGACCGAAGAGGAUUCGCCUCUAGCUGCAUCUCGCACAUAUUCCGACAUCAUUUCGGGUUACCCGCGCCGCAAGCCCAAAAUCAUUCCCCAAUCCGGGUGGACUCGGCUGUGAAAGCGGACAUUUCUGCUCGCUGCACAGGGAACAAGUUACUGAGUUCGGGGAAGAGGGUGAACACGUGGCCGAAGAAGACAAGGGAGUACUUCGAGGGCGUGGACUUCUGCCUCGCUUCCUCCUAUCAAGAACUCUUUGCCGACUUCUACCUUAUGGUUGCCAAUGACAGCUUCAUUGCGCAAUAUGAUGCAAAGUUUGCAGCCUUGGAGAACUUGGCAGAUGUGAUGGGCAUGAGAGUCGCACUGAAAGCAUAUCAGAAUUGGCAAAAGUCUCAUCCCCUGGAACCAGGGCUUCCCGGCGUUCCCUACUCAAACGAGCAGAUACUGUUAAUCCGAAAUGCCCAGGCAAACUGUGGCCAUUUGGAUGGGGCAGGCUAUGCAUUGGUCCUGGAAGUGGACGAGCACACGCCCCACCCACAAAGGGUCAAUGGGCAAAUGCGUCUCUUGGAAGAAUUUGCAGAUGCCUUCAAAUGCAGCCCAAGAUCUCCCAUGAACCCUCACCCAAAAUGCCCUCUUCUGUGAAAGCGCAUCUCAUCAAAACAAAUUAUGACUUUGCCUGGUCAAAUGACAGUGAUCCU